CCGGGGCCCCCGCGGAGGAGGGGGGGGCCCCCGGGGGGCCCCCCUCGCUGCUGCAGCAGGCGUUCGAAGAGCAGCAGCGGCUGAUGGAAAAGAAGAGACAAGUGCUGGACAAAAUGGCGGAGUUGGCGCUGCUGGAGACGAAGUGGGGCGAAGCUUUGGAAGCAGAAGGAGAAGGGCCUUUGCUGCAGCAAAUCGCAGCAGCAGCAAAAGAGUUGGAGACACUGCAGCUGCGGAAGCUGGAGCUGCAAGGAGACAGAGUGCGUUUUCAGAAGCAGAGUGCGGAGUUGGAGGCGAAGCAGGACGCGCGGCAGCGGCUGCAGCAGCAGGUGCAGCAGCUGCAGCAGCAGCUGCAGCAGCAGCAGCAGCAGCAGCAGCAGCAGGAAGCCGAACUCGACGAACUCGAGGCCGGCCUCCGCGAACGCCAGGAACAGCUGCUCGAACUCAAGACCGAGAUCGAAGCAGCAAGGUCUCGGAAAGAAGAACUUGCUGCUGAGUUCGAAGAAAGGAGACAGCAGUUUCUCGAGGCGCUGUCUCCUUUGGAAGCAAAAGUUGCUGCUAGGGAAAAAGAGGGGACAGCUCUUGAGGGAAUCCGAAAAGACGGAAUUGAUAAAGUGAGGAAAAUGAAAGAACAACUUGCAUGCAGGACUUUGCUGCGGGAAGCAGUGGAGAGACACCGCAGGAUGGAGACAGCUGAGCGCGACGCAGCGGAGCAGCAAACUGCAGCAGCAAGGAGACAGAUGCGGGAGGAGUUGGAGACACUUGAGGUGUCUCUGCGGCGGGACGAUUUGCUGCCAGCAACGCGGAGCGUGCUGCUGCAGCGGCGCGCGCUGCUGCUGCAGCAGCACCGCGAAGCAGCGCAGCAGCAGCUGCAGCAAGCCCGCGGGGCCCAAGGAGACCUUUUUCUCGCCCUCGAAGCCCGCAGCAUUGUCCGCCACAGAAGCAACUUGGGUCUCUGUCGAUUUCUCGCGCAGCAGCAGCAAGGAGACCCCACAAACGCGGCCAAGGCGCAGCAGCUGCUGCUGGCGCUGCAUGCGUUUGAGCAGCAGCGCGGGGAGACGCUGCUGCUGCUGGAGCGGGCCCGCGGGCUCGCCCGCAGCAGCAACUUGGGCCCCGAGGUGCAGCGGCUCUUCGGAGACAAUCUGUCUCCUGAGGAGGCCUUGCGAGCUGCAGCAAAGGACUUGGAGACAGAAAUCGAGGAGACACAAAGGCGGCUGGCCCUCAGCAGCAAGCGCCGCUCGCGGGCGCGCCGGGCGCUCCUCGCGCUGCCGCCGGAGGAGACGAUCCCGGGGAUCGGCCCUGGGAUCGUCUCCGCCCCACAGGAGACGAUCCCGGGGAGCGGCGAGCCCGGGAUCGCCUCCGCCCCACGAUCCCAGUGCGCGGACCGCGGCCCCACAGGGGCCACGCGGACGGAGCUGAAGCAGCAGCUGCAGGAGGCUUUGACGAUGGUCUCCUUUUACUCGCAGCGGCUGCUGCUGCUGCAGCAGCAGCAGCAGCAGCUGCCGCGCAGCUACCCAGACCGCCUUGCUGCAGCAAGGGCCCUCUGGGCCCAAGCAGCAAAAGACUUCACCACUUCCGAAGCAAAACUCGAGGCCUGUGGGGCCUCCCCGGAGGCCCUCGAGGCCCUGGGGACAGCUCAGGAGGGUCUCCUGGAAGUGGAGGACUUUGCGGAGGAGACAGAAGAGGAGCAGCGCGACGAGGAGACACUUGCUGCUUAUCCGGAUGAUGAAAGUGUCCCCGACGAGCAGCUGCUGGCUGUCCCCGUCGUCGACUCCGUCUCCUUCGUCGACAUGCUGCAGCAGGUCCUGCUGCAGCAGCAGCAGCAGCAGCAGCAGCAGCAGGAAGAGCGGGGGCCGCAGCAGCAAGAGCGGCCGCGCGAGGAGGCGGGGGGCCCGCUGCAGCAGCAGCAGCAGCAGCAGCAGCAGCAGCAGCAGCGGGAGGAGACGCUGGGGGAGGUGGAGGCCAGGGCCAUUGUGGACCUGCUGCAGCAAAAGGAGACUCGCGCGAAGGAGACCCUCGAGGCGCUGCAGCAGGAACUCGGGGCCGACGACUUGCUGCUGCAGCAGGUGCUGCAGCAGCAGCAGCAGCAGCAGGAGACACCAGGGGCCCCCGAAGCAGCAGCAGAAGAAGAGUUCGAAGAAGACUUCGAGUGGGUGCUCCAGGAAGCUGGGGAGACACCCGAAGCUCCGGAAAUGGAGACACAAAUGGAGACGCAAAUGGAGACACAAAAGACAGAAAAGGAGACACAAAAAGAGACACAAAAAACAGAAAAAGAGACACAAAAAGAGACACAAAAAACAGAAAAAGAGACACAAAAAGAGACACAAAAGACAGAAAAAGAGACACAAAAGGAGACACGAGGGGGCUUCGUAAGGACUUUGGAGACUGUGGAGGAACUGACGGAAGAGAGUUCCCAAGAGGAGGCGCAUCAGGAGACGGAGACAGAAGCUGCUGCUGCUGCUGCUGCAGCAGACCGAGCAGCAGAUGCAGCAGCAGAUGCAGCAACAGACGCAGCAGCAGAUCCAGCAGCAGAUCCAGCAGCAGAUCCAGCAGCAGAUCCAGCAGCAUAUCCAGCAACAGACGCAGCAACAGACGCAGCAGCAGAUGCAGCAGCAGAUGCAGCAGCAGAUGCAGCAGCAGAUGCGGCAGCAGAUGCAGCAGAAGAUGCAGCAGAAGAUGCAGCAGAAGAUGCAGCAGCAGAUGCAGAAGCAGAUGCAGAAGCAGAUGCAGCAGCAGAUGCAGCAGCAGAUGCAGAAGUAGAUGCAGCAGCAGAUGUAGCAGCAGAUGCAGCAACAGAUGAGGCAGCAGAUGAGGCAGCAGAUGCAGCAACUGAUGCGGCAGCAGAUGCAGCAGCAGGUGCAGAAGCAGAUGCUGCAGCAGAUGCGGCAGCAGAUGCUGCAGCAGACGCAGCAGCGGGGACGGAUGCUGCAGCAGAUGCUGCAGCAGACGCAGCAGCAGGGACGGAGACUGCAGCUGCGGAGACAGAAACUGCAGCAGCAGGAACGGAGACUGCAGCUGCGGUGACAGAGACUGCAGCAGCAGAGACUGCAGCAGCAGAGACUGCAGCAGCAGAGACUGCAGCAGCAGAGACUGCAGCAGCAGUUGGAGAAGCUGCAGCAGAGGGGGCUGGAGAAGACUCAGAAGCAGCAGCAGCAGACACGGAAACAGCAGCUGCUGCAGAAACAGCAACAGCAGCAGCAGCAGACACGGAAACAGCAGCUGCUGCAGAAACAGCAACAGCAGCAGCAGCAGAAACCGAAACAGCAGCAGCAGGGACAGAAACAGCAGCAGCAGAUACAGAAACAGCAGCAGCAGCAAAGACAGAAACAGCAGCAGCAGAAACCGGAACAGCAGCAGCUGAAACAGAAACAGCAGCAGAGACAGAAACAGCAACAGCAGCAUCAGCAAAAACAGCUCCAGCAGCAGCAGAAGCUCCAGCAGCAGCAGAAGCUCCAGCAGCAGCAGAAACUCCAGCAGCAGCAGAAACAUCAGCAGCUGAGGCGGAGACAGCAGCAGCAGAAACCCCAGCAGCUGAAGCAGCAACAGCAACAGCAACAGCAGAAGCUGCUGCAGCAGAAGAUUCCGUGGAAGAGGAGGAGGGAUCGACGGAGACAGGAACAGAGGGAGCGAAGGAAGGCGGACCCCACAACGGCCGCCUUAGAAAGAGACUUUGGUUUAUUUUACAGCAGCAGCUGCUGCAGCAGCAGCAGCUGCAGCAGUGGCUGCAGCAGUGGCUGCAGCAGUGGCUGCAGCAGUGGCUGCAGCAGCAGCUGCUGCUGCUGCAGCAGCAGCAGCAGGUGGACCAGCUGCGGCCCGCAGUGUCUCCCGUCUUCGCCGGCUGCUUAGUUCGUCAUUUGGGCCUUGGCGCUGGAGUUUGA